AUGGUGCCUGCCCCUACGACAGGCGGUAGUGCCGCUGCCAACGGCACUGGGAGUGCCAAUGCGAGUUCACGAGCUUCCCCGGCCGUCGGCGCCCCCAACACGGCCUCGGCUAAGUCGAAGGCCGCCCAGGGUAACUCCAACGGCCCUCGCCCGACGAACUCUCAAGUCCCCCUCAGCUCCAUGCGAAGCGCACCUCUCGACUUGACAUCGGUCGAGCGACGCGGUCAGGCGACAGCGGUCAAGGAACCCGUCAAGAAGAAAACCCGCCCCCAUGGUCUCGAGGAGGCGCCCACCUACUAUCCGACAGAGGAGGAGUGGAAGGACCCGAUGGAGUACAUUAAGAAGGUCUCCCCGGAGGCGAAGAAAUUCGGCUUGUGCAAGAUCGUGCCGCCAAGUUCGUGGAACCCGGACUUUGCAAUUGAUACCGAGGUAUUCCACUUUAGAACCAGAAAGCAGGAGUUGAACUCGGUCGAAGGAAGUGGGUUGCUGCAAUACCAAUCUCUCGACGGAAGUUCGAUGCUGACAAACCUAGGCACACGAGCAAACAUGUCAUAUCUUGACGCGCUCGCCAAAUUCCACAGACAGCAAGGAAACAACCUGCAUCGCCUUCCCUACGUCGACAAGAAGCCUCUUGAUCUGUAUCGUCUUAAGAAAGCCGUCGAAGCUCGCGGCGGGUUCGACAAGGUUUGUAAGCUGAAGAAGUGGGCUGAAAUUGGACGUGAUCUGGGAUAUAGCGGAAAGAUCAUGUCUUCCCUGUCCACAUCGCUUAAGAACUCGUAUCAGAGAUGGCUCUGCCCAUAUGAGGAGUAUUUGAGGCUCGCCAAGCCAGGAGUUCAUCAACAGCUUGAACUGGAGAACGGCGGCCCCUACACCCCUAGCCCUGCUGUCACUCCCAUGAAGCGAUCCAACGUCAAUACUCCUUCCAGCGCCCGAGCCGAUUCCCCUGCCCGUAGCGCCUCGGAUGCGCUGCAGGCAAGCAUCAACGGCCUUAAGAAGGAGGGUGACCGGGACACCCCUAUGACUGAUGCACCACCUACGCCUGCUCCGGUCACCUCAGGCUUCAGAGCAAUCAACACAGGGGGCUUUACCGCAGUCAACUCUGGGUUUAAGAGCGUCAACCGGCCCACACCUCAGGACGAUGUCACCAGCACGCCACCAUCCAAAUCUUUCAGCCCGGUAAAUUCUGCGAAGAACACACCUGACUAUCGGCCAUCAAAUCUUGGUCCUGCGGCGCUCAAACGUCAAAUUAGCUGUGAGAGCCUUGACCUGGCGAAGAAGGAUACCGCCACAGACAAGGAUGACGGUGAUACUGGGAGCAGCAGCAGACGAAGCAAACAAACUGUGCCGACUGUCGCUGGAUCACACAUGUCUCUGUUCCGCCCUUCCGUGCCUAGAAUCCCCCGAGAUGAGGCAUCUAACCCUGGUGAGAAAUGCGAGCAAUGUGGCAAAGCCGAAGAGACUGGCCCUCUUGUCGUCUGCGAGUCCUGCGACCAAGCCUAUCACUGCACAUGCCUCGACCCUCCGCUGAAGCACAAGCCUGAAUCGGAGUGGAACUGCCCGAGGUGUCUUGUCGGUGAUGGUCAGUAUGGUUUUGAGGAAGGCGGCCUGUACUCCCUCAAGCAGUUUCAGCAGAAGGCUGCGGACUUCAAGCAGGGUUACUUUGAGAAGAAGAUGCCGUUCGACCCAACCCUUAACUGCCAUCGCCCGGUCACCGAAGAGGAUGUCGAGACGGAGUUUUGGCGCCUUGUCGCUGACAUCGAGGAGACGGUCGAAGUCGAAUACGGUGCCGACAUCCACUGCACCACCCAUGGAUCGGGUUUCCCGACGGUCGAGAGACAUCCUAACAACCCCUACUCGACUGAUCCUUGGAAUCUUAACUUGCUGCCUCUGCAUCCCGAUAGUCUGUUUAGACACAUCAAGUCUGACAUCUCUGGCAUGACGGUGCCUUGGGUAUAUGUCGGCAUGAUCUUCUCGACCUUUUGCUGGCACAACGAAGACCACUACGCAUACUCCGCCAACUACCAACAUUUUGGCGCGACCAAGACCUGGUACGGUAUUCCGGGCGAGGAUGCUGAAAAGUUCGAAGCCGCAAUGCGCGAGGCUGUCCCUGAGCUCUUCGAAACGCAGCCCGACCUCCUCUUUCAGCUGGUGACCCUCUUGACUCCGGAGCAGUUAAAGAAGGCUGGCGUUCGAGUUUCCGCCCUCGACCAGCGUGCAGGCCAGUUCGUCAUCACCUUCCCGCAAGCUUACCACGCCGGCUUCAAUCACGGCUUCAACUUCAACGAAGCCGUAAACUUUGCCCCUUGCGACUGGGAGCCUUUCGGUCUUUCGGGCGUUGAGAGGCUACAGGUUUUCCGCAGGCAGCCCUGCUUCUCGCAUGACGAGCUGCUUUGGACCGCUACUGAGGGCACGACCAACAACGGCCUCACGAUCCAGACAGCCAAAUGGCUCGCCCCGGCACUGGAUCGGAUCAAGAAACGUGAGGUCGUCGACCGGGCCGAUUUUGUGGCGAAGCAUCUGGAGCCACAGUGGCACGACUGUGGCCUGGCUGGCAAAGACGGCGCCUCUUGUCCUUUGACGUUUGAGAUCGAUGACACGGACGUUCCCGAGGAGGAGUACCAAUGCUCUUACUGCAAAGCCUUCACCUACCUGUCUAGGUUCAAAUGUCUAAAGUCGGGCAAGAUUCUGUGCCUCGCACAUGCGGGCCACCAGCCAUGCUGCGACAUGCCCGAACGGCAACGGAUACACGGCGAGGGCCAUGCCGUCAUCUACAGGCAGUCCGAAGAAGACAUCGACGCAAUCUAUGCGAAGGUGCUCGAAAAGGCGCGCACGCCAGAGGCCUGGGAAGAGAAGUACGAGAAGCUUUUGGAAGAAGAGGCUACGCCUUCUCUUAAGACUCUUCGGAAUCUCCUACACGAGGGUGAGAAAAUACCCCAUGACCUACCCUCGCUCCCUUUGCUUCGGGAAUUCGUCGAACGCUGCAACGAGUGGGUGGAAGAGGCCACCAACUACACGAUUCGGAAGCAGCAGAAUAGGCGCAAGAGCGAAAAGUCCAUCCUCAACCGAAAGAACUCACUGGACCAAAAGGAACGCGAUGCGCGCAAUGUUUCCAACGUGUACCGUCUCCUCAACGAGGCUGAGCAAAUAGGAUUCGACUGCCCUGAGAUCACCCAGCUGAGGGAGCGGGCUGAGGCCAUCGAGGCCUUCCAGAAGAACGCAGCUAAAGCGCUGGAACAGAUCCACCUCGCCGAGCUCUCCGAAAUCGAAGACCUACUUGAGGAGGGCCGGACGUUCAAUGUCGACAUGCCCGAAGUCGAUCGCCUGUCGCGAGUUCUCGAGCAACUCAGGUGGAACGAAAAGGCUAGGAACAACAGAGGCACCCACAUGUCGCUCAACGAAGUGCGUGAGCUCAUCGAAGAGGGCAAGCACCUGGACAUUCCACCGUACAACGACCACCUGUCCUUCUACAUCGACCAGAUGAACCUUGGCCAGCAGUGGGAGAAGAAGGCACGGGAAUUGAUCGUUGCCGAAAUUGUCCACUACCCUCAGCUAGAGGCUUUGUCGAUGCAGGUUGCCGCCAAUUUCCUACCUGUCUCAGCUGACACCUUGGCUGCUGUGGACCAGAUCCUCUACAAGCAAAGAGAGGCUCACCGCCAGAUCGUGGACUUGACCGAGAGAUCGCGCAAUCCCGACAUCCGGAAGAGACCAAAGUACGCCGAGGUUGCCGAGAUCAUGCGUCGACUCGACGACUUGAACUCGAAACCCAAUGGCACGUUGGACCUGGAGCGUGAGCAGAAGCGCCAUGAGGACUGGAUGCGAGAGGGCAAGAAGCUGUUUGGCAAAACCAACGCACCUCUCCACAUUCUCAAGAGUCACAUGGACUAUGUCUUUGAGCGGAAUCAAGACUGUUUCGACAUUGUCAAUGAUAAGCCUCGCAUGCCGGCCGAACCCGCCUCGAGAGAAGCCAGCCCAGAUCAAAAGGUGCACCGGUGGGAAGACCCUCGCUUCCGGGAAGUUUUCUGCAUUUGUCGCAAGGUGGAGGCUGGCAUGAUGAUUGAGUACCACGGAAAGUGCCUCAAGAUUGCCCGGGGGAAGGUCAAGGACGAGGACAAGUACACAUGCCCGAUAUGCGACUGGCGUGUCAAAAUCCCCCGAGAUGCCGCCCGACCCAAGUUGGAGGAGCUCAUUACAUGGUCUGAGAAGAUUCCAAGCCUGCCUUUCCAACCGGAGGAAGAGGAGGUCUUGACGAAAAUUAUCGACAAUGCCCAGGACUUCCGAAACCACAUUGCCGGAUACUGCAACCCUGUCGUGUCUACCGAGUCCGAGGCCGACACACAACGGUUCUAUCUGCGCAAGAUUGAGGGCGCCGAGAUCCUGCUCGCCUACGAGACCAAUUUCUUCCGACAAGAGUUGCAUAAGUGGUGCCCCGUUGCGCCAAACGCACCCCCCGUCCUCGAGGUCUCCAAGAGCACACGCAAGCCACGACCGACCAAGCUCCAGAAGCUUUUGGCCCAAUUUGGCGUCGAUGACCCCGAGGACCUGCCAGAGAAUAUGAAAGCCAAGGCAGCCAGCCUGAAGCGGAAAGCCCAGAAUGCCGAGGCUGCGGCGGCUGCGGCUGCGGCUGCUGCGGCCGCCUCUGCAACUGGUGCGACGGUCCCCCCUGGCAUGCCGGGCCACGGUCGCAAGUCGGAACAAUCGUCAGCGACACCCCCCAGCACGUCUCAUGGCAACCGCCGGUCCAUCGGCAGCAACCACGACGCUAUGGACAUUGACAGCGGCCCGACGCUUCAUCCAGGCUUGUUCUUGUCCAACGGCGCACCCGGCCCGCAGCUUGUCGUCGGCAACUCGUCGCUGUCUCUUGAGGAGCGCUUGCUCCAGGGCCAGGAAGAUGGGCUUAACCUGCACACGGAGGCUGGCAAGAGUAAGGCUCUCGAGAUACUACGUCGGACCGAAGUGGGUCGGAAGCGGGCGGUGGAGAUGUUCGGCCCCGACGUGUUCAAGGGCGACGUUGGCAUGCUCAACGGCCGAGACGAUGUGCCUCGGUCUCAAGAAGAGGAGCGAGCAGUGAACAAGAUGUUUGACGAUCUCACGAACCAAGACGAUGACGACGGCAAGAGAAAGCAGGAAUCUUUUGAUGGACCUAUCACGGCGGAAAGUCUCGAGAGCGAGCGAAAUGGCAUGGACGCCCUGCUCGACGGCGAUUAG